GCCAGCGCCAGCGAGUGAGAGUACCUCCGAUAAGGGUGACAUCGCGUUAUGGCGAGAUAUUUGGAAACGCAGGUGUCAUCGCGCGCGUUAAAAUCGCCGUACGUCAAUCUCGCUGUUGCACGGAUUCGUAUAGUCGCGUAGUUGGUGUUCCGCAAGUGUAUCGCAAGUGCGGCAAAACAAUCGCUUCGUGCGAAGGUAGACAGAGAAAGGAGACGGACACAGAGAGUCAGAGUGACAGAGUGCGAGACAGUGGAGAAAGAGCGAGUGAGACGUAGCAAGUAAGUGAGCGAGAGAGAGAGAGAGAAAGAAAGGGAAGGGAAGGGAGAAAACGCGACGGAAGAUCUGCGCGUUCCGCUCCGUUCGAAUCGAACGUAAUCCCCGACUAAUUUCGCGCCGCAAGUGAAACAAGUGACUGUCGCGGCGGAUCGUAGCGCACUUCACGGCGUAGCGCGACGCCGCGCCGCGCCGCGCGUAUAGGAAGUAUAGGAACGCGGUGUUCGCGGUUUCUUAGGGCGUCGUGGAUACGUGCCGAUUGUCGCGCGCGAAUCGAGCGAGUAACAAGAGACAUAUAUAGAUAUAUAUAUAUAAAUAAAAAAAAGACAGGAAAGAAAAAGAGAGGAUAUCGCGAGGAGACUGUGAUUGUAGCGAAUGUCUUGAAUUUGGCAUCGUGAAUCCGAGUCUGCGGCGGAUCAGGGGACGGCGGCGAGUCACCGGUGGCACCCCGCACCCCGAGUGCGUGCGUGCGUGUGUGUGCAUGUCGCGUGCGUACAGGUAGUAGAAGUAGGUGCACGUUCGGGGCACAGGGGACGACAUUGGAGCGGACACAUUGGAGUAAGCGGCGAGAGCGGUGAAUGAGCGGGAAGUUGCGAACGCACGGAAAGGAGAGAGAAAGCGAGCGUGUGCCGAGGGACAGGAGGAGAGAGACGCGUUAUAUACGCGGGGUGUAUGACGGCGUUUCGGUGCGGCGAGGCGACGUUGCCAGAGUUCCCCCUCCCCCCUCCCCGUCGCGUACUCCGCUGUUACACGCCACUACUAUACGACGGCACGAGGGAGAGGAGGGUGGCGGGCGGCACGGCGAUCGCGGUGGUGUAUUAGUGCCGCGCGGUGUGCACUUGCUGGUAGUGGUGCGUGAUCGCGUCGCGCCAACGAGAAUCUAGACGCGCGCCGAUCUCGUCCUCCCCGCGACGAGAGAGAUAUACGCCGCGGAUACCAUGGAACGACGCCUGACGACGUACGUUCGCAGCGACACGUGACAUGCCGAGCCACAAGCCAGCGCAAGCCAUGAAGAAGCCACCACGCGUGGAACGGGACCGGCUUCGGGAGCGAGAUCGACAGGCCCGCGCGGCGAUGUCGAUCCAGGCGGAGCAGGCGGCUGCGGGAAGUGGUCCUGAUAUGAGACACCAUCAUCAUCACCAUAACCACGCGCAUCACUCCAGCAUACAAUUCACCGCGCAGGAUGCUCUUUCGCUCUUCCGUGCCCCCGUUAGGGUGAAUCCUGAUCCACAAAUCCAGUCUAAGCUGGGUAACUAUUCGCUGGUGAAGCAUCUACUUGAUAAGCCUAAGCGUCUGUUCGGCAUCGAACAGAGUGGCAUCCCGCAGAGUCCGGCGCCCUUGCCGACGCCUGCCGCCCACAAGUCCGGCACGGACAGCUCCGGCAGAAGCUGUUCCCCGUCCUCGGGGCCGGAGUUCAAGAAGCCUGGUGGACUUCGGGGCACGAGCGCCGCGUCUUCCUCGUCGAGUGCAAGUCAUCAGCGCGGCGGCUUCGUCAAACCUGCCGACGGCAAACCGCCUUACGGUGGUCGAGGUGGUUAUCCCGGUCAACCGGUUAAGCACGGCGGCAACGAUCAUCGCAGCCAUGGGUUACUUCCGGCUAAGGGUCCACCGCUGCCUCAACCAUCCUCCACGGGGGGAAGCAAUAGUGCGGUGCCGAUCAGCAGUUCCAGCGGAAGUGUUGUCGGUAACCCCGGCGGCAGUCUUUCGAGCCGCACUCAAUUCGCCUGCCGACUGAAGCUGAUUGAAGUUAACGGGUCUAACUCGCGAGCAUCGAUUGAUACUCCUCCAGAUGUAGAAAACAUUUUGAAGGAAAUGACCGUGCCACUCACACCACUGACGGCGAUCGCGCAAACACCGCGGAAGGAGCAGGAGUCCAAGUUCACCUUCAACCCUCAACUGGCGAAGUUGACGGAAGUCGCCCCACCAGAGCCUGUAAAAUCUCAACGCCAGCAUACCGCCAUCAAACCACCUGCGAAUAUCGCGGAGGAUCUGAUCCUGUCGGAUGAAGAGAGCGAGGAUGAGGAGAACAAGGAAACAUCAUCGAGACCGACGAGAGGAAACAGGAGUCCGGAUCUCACGGUCGUUCUAUCGGCACCAUUAAUGACAUCGGCACCGCCGCCUUUGACACCUGUGUCGCCCAUGAUCAUGUCACCCGUGGGCCCAUUAUCACCCUCGCGGCCGAUCAGCCCGCCGAGAUAUCCAUCGCCGCUACCAAAACGGGCGACACCGGAGCGAGUGCUGUCUCCUCCGACGGGUGUCAAUCAUCCCUUGCCAUCCGCGUGUUCCCCGACGAAUCCGGUCGUCGGCCAACCGUCGAGUCCAGCCGAGGCGCCGCAUAGCUCCGGAAGCGCCAGCUCGAGCUCGGAUUCCGGUUCAGAUUCCGGCUCGGACAGCAGCGAUGAUUCCGAGGACGAAGAUGAUCUGACCUCGGCACCUCCACCAUCUAAGGGGCCUACGACACCGCCCUCGGUUUCACCGAAACAGGACAAUUUAGUGGAACCGCCGCCUGCUGAGGAACCCCGUCGUUGGGACCUUAUUUCUUUCCUGCAGCAGAACGACAACCAGAAUUCCGAAUCGAAACCUGCUCAGGAAAACGCUAGGCGAGAGAAUACUCUUGAAAUAACAACGGAGACCAGAUCACACAGGGAACAGUCCCAUGAUUGGCAGCUCGGUGAGGCCUUGAAGAGGUCUCAUAAUAUGAAUUCUCUCAGCGACAGCGAUCAUCAUUCUGAUCAGGAGAAAAAUCAGCUGAUUGAAGACAAUCGCGCCCAGACAGAGAAACCGAAAGUGGCCGAUACUAAGAAACGCGGACGACCUAGGAAAUCCAUCAAGAGUCCGAAACGCAGUCACCGGACGUCGGACGAGAAUCCGAAGAACAGUAAGUCGCGCAGCCGAACGAGAACUGUAGCUCUUGGCAAGAAAAAGCCACCCAAAUCGAAAGAAACGGUGACCUUAACUGACGACGAUAAUGAUUCGAAAUCGCAAAGUGAUUCCGACAGUGAUCGUCGACCUACCAAAGUGUCGGCCGUAGUACCGACAAGAAAUGAAAAGAGAUCGAGACUGAGUCUAUCGUCUAGCGACGACGAGAGUUCGCCACCGAACAGGAAAAAUAAUAACAGUGCCUCUGAGGACGACACCGCGCGAUGGACAAGAGUUCCCCCCCUCAAGCGGAGCAACCUGUUGGACUCGCCGAAGAAGCAAGACCAGAAGAAAAGUUCCGCCAAAGGCAAACCUAGGCAGCCUAGAUCUAGAGUGACCAAUAUUACCGGCGGUUCGGAUUCUGACAGUGAAUCAGAGGUGUCUGUAAGGAGUAAUCGCAUCAAAGUCGCUCGAGUGCCACCCAGACCUCGAGCACCACCAACGAGGACGACUUCGCCUGAUAAUUCUGAUAGCGAUAACAGCCCGGCGUCGAAAUUGCAAGAGGAUGACGCCGGCAACGUACAGGACAAGAAGAAAAGCGACACGCUGCGCCACGUCUUCUCGACGUCGAGAGGCAUCGGGAAGACGGGUGGGAAAGGUGGGAAAGGUGGAAAAGGCGGUGGUAAAUGCGGUAUCUACGUAGAAGAGUAUACGAGUAAUUCUGCUACACACACACCGACGGGCGGGGACAGUCCGUACAAAAGACCGUCCUCGCGGACGUCCAGUGGUGGCAACAAUCUUCUCCUACGCUCUCCUCCGGCGCUCACACAUGUGAACGGCGUACCAAGUCUCAUGUGCAAGAUCGAAGUCAGCAGGAUAUCCUCGCAGAUAUUUUCAAAUCUAUCGAGGGGACAAGAGCUCAGACAACGCACAGAAUUGCCUGACACUAGGCCAUCUUCGAGACAAAGGCCGUCCUCCAGUUUGGCGAUCUUGCAACCACCGAGGUCGAUCACACCGGAAGAGGGUGAGAUCAUCGAUACGCCGCCUCCGCAGCAGCAGGUCGUAUCGGAUCGUGCGAGAAUUCAUCGUUCCGACGGGCUGCUAAGCGAGAGUGACGGCAAGAUUUCACGUUCUGUGAUUAAGGCCCCGAUAUCGUCGGACUCGAAGAGUGGCGGUACUGUUCUCGGAGGUGCUGGUAGUGCUAAUAGUGCCGGUACGCUUGGUAGCGCGCCUAAAAGGAAACGUAAUCCGAGUUGUAGUUCUGUGUCUAGUUUGAGCCCUGUUCAGUGUUCGGUAGAUGCGAAAACUAAAAGUACCUCCGAGCAUAAAGACAGAAGCCGUAAGAGACAACGGAGGCAUGCCAACGACGGACUAAUGUCCAGUCAGCAGAGUGAUAUUCAACCGACUAAUCAUGAAAGGGACGAGAAAGCAGAUACUAGUUUAUUACCGCCACCUCCUCUCCCAGCUCAGCGCGUCUACUAUUCUUACUUCGAUCCUCAAAAUGAAAUAUUAGAAGAUCAGGAUAGGGACCAUGACCAGUACCUGACCGAAGCUAAACGAUUAAAACACAAUGCCGAUGAGGAGAGCGAUCUUACGGCACAGGGCAUGAUGUAUCUGGAGGCUGCUCUGUAUUUUCUUUUAACAGGCGAUGCAAUGGAAUCAGACUCAGUUACGGAAAAAGCUUCGUAUACUAUGUACAAAGAUACUCUUAGUCUCAUCAAAUACAUUUCGUCAAAAUUCAAAAGCCAAACGAACAACUCACCUGAGAAUAGCAUACACACUAAGCUGGCCAUCUUGAGCCUUUGGUGUCAGUCUCGUUUGUACUCCAAACUAUAUAACAUGCGCAAACAGGAAAUGAAAGAGGUCCAAAAGAUCGUCAACGACUUCAAUCAAAAGCAAUCUCAGCAAUCAGUAGCUCAGACAACACCUGCUCAGGCGGAAGGACAGGGCACGCCUUCUCUUUCGCCAACACCGUCGCCUGCCGGUUCUGUAGGUUCCGUCGGUAGUCAAAGUUCCUCUGGAUAUAGCAGCGGUGGACAACACCCGGCACCACCGGUCAAUGGCCAACAUAUUAGCGUGCCAUUGCAGGUCUUCAAUGCGAUGAUCAAGCAAAAUCAGUAUUCAGGCUUUCUUAUGAAUGGCCACGACCUAUGGGACCUGGCAAUAAAGCAGGCGAGACAGGAAGAGAAUAGAAGCUUUUUCAUCGACUUGGAUCGAAGAUUGGGACCCUUGACAUCGUAUAGCUCGCUACGUGAGCUUGUGCGUUACGUUCAAGCGGGUAUAAAGAAAUUGCGAGCUCUCUGACCACAGUGGCAUAGCCCCCGACCACCCACUCCAAACUACGUUACCUCCCUUCCGCAAAAUAUGGUCACUUACCCGACCAUGUACACGUAGUUGCAUUAUGUCGGUCAGUGUGACUUGUUCAUCAACAGCCGAAGUAAUGAAAUGGGAAGGUACGAUAACGAUGAUACAGCGAAAUCAUGAACUAUUUUCUUUGCGAGAAGUGGUCUCAGAGGGGCGCGAUCGAAUCGAUAACGGGAUUCACAGCAAUCUAGAAAAAGGAGAAAAAACGAGAGCAGCUCGUGAGAUUCUCCUUUAGUCGGACAACGUGGGGGCAUUCUUGAUAUAAAUUUAGCAGCAAGUUUAUAGUCAAUUGUAAAGCGCGUGCCUGAGGGGGCGAGGGGAAAGGCGACCGAUCGAAAAAGGGAGAGUCGCUUUAUCUUACCACGGUGCAUAAACGAACCUCGUGCACUUUGUUAGAGCACGUGUUACUUACUCUCGAGGCGCAAUAAUGAAUCGUUGGGCGAAGAUGAUAUCGAGACGCUCGCGAGCGCAUUAGAUUUCUAGCAAGCCGCAGUGAUAACUCGUGUCUAUUUUUUCUGAAGUGUCCGCUUUUGUAAGUUAACGCAUAGAUAUCGACACGAGAUUUGGGGAAGGUAAAGGGAGGGGAGAAAGGAGGAUUAGGGAGAAAGAUCGAAUAUGAGAAAAGAGAAGUAAAACCACUGAUGAGGUAGAAGAAGUGCCACGUAUAAGCGCCCGUGUGUUCUCGCUUCAUGGUGCGCCCGCAGCCGACGUUACCUGAAGCAUGAGUAUCGUUUCGGCGAUUCAAGUGCGAUGAAUAUAAGGGAUACCUAUUUAAUAUAUAUAGUUUAUUAUCUACAUAAAUAUAUAUAAAUAGUUAUAAAGAUAAGAAUAUAUUUAAUGACGCGAAAAAAGAUAAAGUAUCUUGCGCGCCGGCGCCGCGUUUCAGUAUAGGGGAACAGUUGUAUUCGCGAAUGCGAGAAGAUACCGUGAUAAAAUGAAGAAAGGGAGGUAGAGAAGAGGCAAGAUUAGAGAUUUCGGUGGAGGGAUACGCGAGCAACAGGAUCAACAACCAGGAUCAAGCGAUAUGCUAUAGUUAAACUAUAGUAUUUUAACAUUUGCGUGCGAAGCACACGACUCUUUUUUGUAGAUAGAUUAUGGGGGAAGUAAUUUAGAUUAGAGUAAUUAAUAUGCAAACAGGAAAAGCAGUAACAGAUGCGACUAUACCAAUACAUAUUAUUUACAUUACCUAGAAUUAACCGGGAAAAUAAGUAGAGGUUCUAGUGCGAUUGAAAAGUAAAGGAGAAAAAAUAAUAGUAUACUGCAUACACACAUAUACCAAUAGUAUAAUUUAAUGAAACGCAAGCGAGGGAAGAACAAAGCAAGGUAAACGCACGUUAAAAAUUAGGAGGUGAACAAUGCCAAAAUGUAUUUGCGAAUAAUAAGUGACAAAUAUAAUCAAGAUUACUAUAAUCGAGAUUAUUCGUAAAUAAAUUUUGCCUGGAUACUGAAGAAGUGAAUAUCCCUCUUGCGCGCACGACAUGAGAUGUUAACGGAAAAACAAUGAGAAGAACAAGCGCAAGCGGAUAAGCAAGUUGCUCAUGUGUAUAUUUUUGUAAAUAGAUAUUUGUGAGUGCCGCCGUCUUGAGGGCGAUCUACCGUUUGUUGAGUUUGCGGUAGAUUGGCCCGCCCCAAUUUUUGCUACCACAGAUCUUGUCGAGAAUCGGGUAAGAGAUUAUAAAUAAGGAAAAAGAUAUGAGAAUACAUAACGAAUCGACACACGACGAAAUGUCCGUUGAAUUAGUUUUGAAAGAGAAACAUGCUCUCCGUGGUUUUUUUUUUUUUCCUUUGAGAACGGCAUUUAUGUUAUUCUCUCAGAUGAUUUUCUGAUCCGUUCUCGUUUUACGAUCGCUUCUCGAUCGGAAAAUCUUGUCGAUGAAAAUUCUAAACGUGCGUCACGACAGCUUCGUUGUUCCCAAAUUUACCGGUGAUUUGAUUCACCUCACUUUGAAAACGCAUCUCUUCCCCCGCAUUCAAUCGAUGAAGAAUCGAGUAGAUUGCGAUUUAACAGCGGGAAAUAAGGUGAACAACACUUAAGAGUUUCAUUUUCUCGAUAAAACGUGAAACUUGACGAAGCGAACUUGUAAAGAUUGAAUCCACAAAUCGCGCGCGCGAAGGGAUUUUUAUCAAAUCUGAGAUUAAUACAAUCCCGUAGUUUAAUACAUAUCCGAUUUAAAUUUAAUUCUCCUAAGUGAUAUCCCAUCAGAGAUGUGACUGACAGCAUACUCUGAGGACCAAUUAUCAUUUGUAUAACUAUUACAAUAAAAUCGUAUUAUCCCGUUGCUGACGUUCUGUUGGUAA